AUGUCUCAAAUUCGUAAAGGUACAUCCGCAUCAAGUCCCGAUUUUCGUAACAUAAAUGUGAAUUCAACAAAUCCUUUGUCUGAUAUAUCUAAUGAUAUGUCCUUAAAGUAUUUGUUAUCAAACAAAUCUGAAGCUGUUGAAAGAACAAAAGCUAAAAGAAUAUAUUCCAAUAGUAAAAGAUUCAAUACAAUCUCAUCGCAGAGUCAAUCCACACUAAAUUAUUCAACUCCUAAUAAUAAAGAAUAUUUAAGUGCAUCCACAUCUCCCAUGGGCUCAAACACUUCUUUUACGAUAACUGAGUCAACUUUUGAUGUUCAGAUCAUUGAGGAACUUACACUUAUGUUAGACACUAACAACGCUUUGGUUAAAAGUUAUAGACAAGCUAGAAACUGUUUAAAUGAAAACCCUUACAUCGACUUGAAGCUUUCUCUUAUUGGUAAAAGAUCCAAAGAUGGUAGAACAUAUAACCUUCCUGAAGCUUCUGAAGUUGCUGCAUUAGUUAUUGGAGAUCUGACUCAAUCUGUUGAAAAUCAUGAUAUAGUAGUGAAAACAAGAUCUGGUCAGGUUGAGCACAUAAGUGAAUUACAUCCUUCUUAUCUUUCUCUACAAUACCCUCUUCUAUUUCCAUAUGGAGAUGAUAUGUACAGAGUUGACAUUCUUCAAAGAGGUCUCAAUCUAGACACGAAGAGCAAACGUCCAAUGUGUACUAUGCGUGAGUUCUUUGCAUAUAGAUUACAAGAUUGUGUCGAUAAGUUUUCUGUUAUUCAUAAUGCAAAACGACUUUUCCAACAUUUUGUUGUUGAUGCUUACACUAUGAUGGAGAGUGAAAGGUUGUUUUACAUACGGCGACAACAAACGCAUUUGAGGUCAGAAACUGUUCAGAAUAUACAAAAUGCAAAUAAUGCUAGAAAAAAAAGAUAUGUCAAAAAUUGGAACACGUAUCUUUAUUCCAUCUUCGUUCACUGGCGGUUCUCGAAUAUGAUGCAAAAUUACUUAGAUGCAAUGUCAUUGUGCAAAUGGUUUGGGUAUCCAGAUUUUUUCAUUACUAUUACAUGUAAUCCAAUAUGGCUGGAAGUUCAAAGGUUUUUAAAAGAUACGACGAUAAGGCCUGAAGAUAGACCGGACAUUUUGUGUCGAAUUUUCAAGAUAAAACUAGAUUCCAUAACAAAAGACUUGAACGAAGGCAAGUUGCUGGGCAGAGUUAAUUCUGUUGUCUAUACUGUUGAAUUUCAAAAACGCGGUCUUCCUCAUGCACACAUAUGUGUAUUCAUGCAUGCUGACAGCAAGAUACGAUAUCCAAUCAUUUCUGCCGAAAUUCCAGACAUAGCCGAGGAUCCAGAGUUAUAUAAACUUGUGGUAGACUACAUGAUUCAUGGUCCGUGUGGUGCUCUCAAUAUGAAUUGUCCUUGCAUGGUCGAUCGUAAGUGUUCCAAGAAGUUUCCUAAAAAAUUUGUUAACGAAACAUGUUUGGAUAAAAAAGGAUUUCCAGUUUAUUGUAGAAGGGAUUCUGGCCUAUCUGUUGUUAAAUCACGCGUGAACGUAGACAAUAGAUAUGUUGUUCCAUAUAGUAAAGUGAUGUUAAAAAGAUACCAGGCACAUAUUAAUGUUGAAUGGUGCAAUCAAGGUGGUUCUAUCAAAUAUUUGUUCAAGUACAUUAACAAAGGCCCAGAUAUAACUACUCUUAAAGUUGUUGAAAGUGGAAAUCAGGAUGAGCAGGAACCUGUAGUCGAUGAGAUAGAAAAGUAUUACGAUUGUCGGUAUAUUUCUGCAUGCGAAUCUGCUUGGAGGAUCUUUUCCUAUGAUAUUCAUUAUCAAUAUCCUGCAGUUACUCGAUUGCCGUUUCAUUUACCUGGUCAGCAAAACGUAGUAUAUGGUGCAUACAAUGACAUUGACGAGGUUCUUAACAAACCAUCUGUUGCUUCUACUAUGUUCUUAUCUUGGAUGAAGUGUAAUGAAAGAUUACCUGAGGCACGUGAGCUUACUUAUGUUGAGUUUCCUUCAAAGGACGCAUGUCAUGCGCUAGGGCUUUUGGAUGAUGACAACGAGUACAUUGAAGCUAUUAAAGAAGAUUUACAUUACUCUGACGAAGAAAUAAAGAAUUUGGCAUUGUUAGAGAUUGAGAAAUUCUUACUUCGUAAUAACUCAUCGCUGAGGAACUAUUCAAAUAUGCCUUACCCUGAUGAUGAGUCUAUUUCUUCCUCUAACAAUCGAUUGAUCAACGAGGAGUUAUCUUAUGACCAAAAUACUAUGGAAGACGAGUUGAAUAGUAUGUUAGUACUUUUAACAGAUGAGCAACGUAAUGUUUUUGAUCAGAUUAUGGAAUCUGUUAUAACGAACAAAGGCAGUGUGUUUUUUCUUUACGGAUAUGGUGGCACCGGUCGAACAACACAUUCUCGGUUUUCCAUCCCUCUGAAUCUAAAUGAGGAUUCUCUUUUCCGCAUGAAGCCUGGAUCUGAAGUUGCGUAUUGA